UGCCGUGGCGCUACACUGCGCUACUGUAGGGUUCAACCGUAAGACCACAGAAUGCAGAUAAAGAAACCUUUAUCAAUUGUGAAAUAAAUAAUAAUUCGAAUGCCGAAAUGCCGAAUUGCCGAAUACGCCAUUAACAAUUUUGUCAUAUUUUUAUAAGCGUUCAUAAGUUUUGUUCACAAUGUCUCAAGAAAAAGUAAUUGAAAAACCUCUGCAACAGUUCGUUGUUCAAGCUCUAAAAUUAGAAGGCGACAGUUUAGUAGAAGUAAUUAAACAAGCUUUGGAUUGUGUUGACACAUUUGUGUUUGCAGAACUUUUAGAAUGCCCCAACGUUAUUGCACUGGAGACUACACCUCACGCACCAUACCUUCAUGCUUUACGCAUGUUUUCACAAGGUACAUAUUUGGAUUAUUUGGAAAAAAAAGAAUGUUUGCCAGAACUUAGUGAUUCCCAGAAGAAAAAACUGCAAUACUUAACAAUUGUUACAUUAGCCAAUAAAAUGAAAAGAAUACCUUAUGAUGUUCUUUUGAAGGAGUUGAACGUUGAUAAUGUUAGAGACUUGGAAGACUUAAUCAUUGAAGCAAUCUAUUCAAAUGUCGUUUCUGGCGAACUUGAUCAACAAAGUGAUUAUCUAGAAGUAGAUUGGACAGUUGGUAGAGAUGUUGGAGUUAAUGAUGUUGACAACAUGAUAGACACAUUACAGCAGUGGUGUGAUUCCUGUGAAAAUGUUCUUUCCACAGUACAAGCUCGUAUUGUUGAUGCUAAUCGAACUAAACAAGAGGUACUAAAACACCGUGCUGCUAUUGACAAUGAGGUUACUAAUGUGAAAAAAGCAAUUAGAACUCAAAUACAAGAUGAAGAAAUGUCAGUGGAUACUAGUGGUCCUACAAAAAAAACAGUAAAAGGAACAAAACCUAGUGGAGCUAAAUUUUGGAACAAGUAAAUAACUGCACAAUAAUAAUAUUUCACACAUUACAUAAAUUUAUAAUUGUUAUUAUUAUUAUUUUAUUUAUAUAAUAGUUAUAAUGUGUAUAAAUUAGCAAACUUAAGCCAUUAGUGUAUAAUGUUUUUCCUAAUAAUCCUUUUAAUUUAAUGAUAUGGUAUACAUUGGUACUGGAUAUAAAAAUUAAUUUUUUGAUGUAUGAUAUACCUAAUUACUUUUCAUUAUAAUAUUUUUAUUAAUAAAGAUUUUUUUAUAGAAA